GGCGCGCCCCGCCGCCGGUGGGCUGGGCCGGGCCGGGCGGCAGCGGGGCUGCCAGCGCGGAGGCGGCGCGAAGAGGUGCCGGGUAUGGCUCCGGCGGCGACGAGGGGGAUCCCGGCGGUGGCUCCGUCGCUGGGCCCGACGGCCGUCUGGCUGGGGAACCGCUCCGAUCUCGGUGAUGGACAGGCCUUGGCAAGCUAUGAUUUACCAACAACCACUGUGACAGCUGGCAAUAAUAACAAGCCUGAGCACCUAGAGUAUAUUGCCUUUGUAUUGGUGCCUGUUUUCUUCAUCAUGGGUCUCUUGGGGAUCCUCAUCUGUCACGUCCUUAAGAAAAAAGGGUAUCGUUGUACAACAGAGGCUGAAGAAGUAGAGGAAGAGGAAAAGCCUGAUGAAAAAAUAGAAAUGAAUGAAACUGCACAUGAGAAUAGUGACACUGUAGGACAAAUUAUUAACUACAUUAUGAAAAAUGAAGCAAAUGCUGAUGUGUUAAAGGCCAUGGUAGCAGAUAGCAGUGUCUUUGAACCCGAAAGCCCUUUGUCUCCUAACUCUCCUGGGAGUCCAACGAGUCCAGGGUCUCCUUUGUCGCCUGGUGCUGCUCCACUUAAACACAACUGCAAAGGCCAUCACUUACAUACUGUUGGAGGAGUAAUAGAAAAGGAUGUUUGUUCUCGCUGUAGCCACAAACGAUGGCAUCAUAUAAAGCCAGCUCACAAGUCCAAAGAGCACAGAAGAAGUCGCCUUGGAGAGGUUACAGUACUUUCUGUGGGAAGGUUUAGAGUCACAAAAGUGGAGCACAAAUCUAAUUCCAAAGAACGAAAAAGCUUGAUGUCUGUUACUGGGGUGGAGGGCCUCAAUGGUGACAUGCCUGCCAUGCCUGUGAAACAAGAAGCAAAAGAAGCACCUGCCACACCUGUGAAAGAAGGGACGCAAGAGAGGAGAAGCUCAGAGUGAACUGCAGGUGGAACUUCUGAAAGAAGUUUGUCAACUAGCACUUUGGAGAAAACAGAAAACUCCCAGGAGAUGUGUUCUAUUUAAGGGAAUGUAUUUAUGGCACUGUAGCAUUUUACAAGUUUUGUGAUGGCAUCCGUGCAAGGUUAAAUACUUCCUGAUUUUUACUGGUGAAAAAACAUUAAGAUAUAGACAUACAUACUUUUGAGCUGUGUGGACCUCAUACCAAAUGUUGGGCUUCAUCUUCAAAAGAAAAAAUACACAGAAGUUUUUGGACAGUAAAAAGCCUUAACGGGUAAUUUUUUUUUCUUUGUACUUAGACAAGUAUUUUCUUUUAGUGAGCUCAAUAUUACAAAAAAUCUGAUUGCUCUGUGGAUAAACUGUGUUCACCCCUCUAGUCCAUCUGUAUUUUUUUCCUUUGUUCUUCCCUUCCGGAGCUGACAAGUACUCAUUGAAGAUGAAAGUCAGGCUACAGAGGAUGAAAAUACUCUUUUAAUGUAACUUUUAGUAGGCAAGCGAAACACACAAGGAAAUAAACAUUUUCAGUCAAAUCUGCAUGUGUGCAGACAUGCAGAAGUACGUAAGCCUUCUGACUCUGUGAAGGGUAAUUCACAGUACAGCGUGGCUUAGCUAUACACAGAUGUUAAGUGAUACCAUUGUCUUUAUCCCCAUUACCUUAAUAACUAUUUAACAUUAGGCUAAAGUGUGUCGUCUUCUGUGCGCUUGGUUGAGCUUUUGGAAAGGUCACUUUCAUCAAGGCCGUUUGUUCUCCAGUUUUCUUGUAACUACUUAGUCAUAUUUGCAGAUUGCCUAAUAGCUUUGCCUUUCUCUGUUUUUUUUACCCACAGGUUCCUUAUUAAGCUAAGGCAAUGUAUUUGAACCAUUAGAUAAGGAUAUGGAAUAUUUGACAUUAAAAAUUUAUGCAGUAUGUACUAAAGUACUUCAGAGUGGCUCCAGAGGGUAGCAGUUCUCACUGGCACUAAAAUCUUAAGCCAUUGUUUCACUGCCUUAAUCUUUUGAGUGUGAUCUACUGCUAAAAAUACCAGUGAUGGUUCUGUGAUGUUAUUUUUGUGUCUGCUUAUUAUGACCUUUACUAUCUUAUUGUUUUAUUUUGGUGGGGGAGGGAACCUUUGCAAUACUUCAGCAAAUUUUACUGUGUGAAAGAAACUGAAAAAUAACAUUUUCUCCAAGUGCCUAAGAAUAUAAGCUGUAGGGUAAUACAACUUAGUAGAGAUUAUGCUAUAUUCUGAGAACUAUAAAGUAAUUUAAUCAUAUUUAUGAACUCUGAAAAUCAGUGCUUGUUUUGAAAUUGAUUUGUUUUAAAUUGCUUUCGAUCCUUUUUGUCCAAGUGCUCUGGACUGUGUUUCUCUUUCAGAUCUGAGAAUCUUCUUCGGCUUAUGUAGUGUUAACAAUCAAUGUGUACAAAUAUUAAAAAUUAAUAUUUUUUUACCAUAUUAGAUACUCCCACAUCUUGUCAGAGAACUGUGAGUUUAUUUGAUGGUUGCUGGGAAGCAUGUGCUGUGAUUGCCUUCCUUUGUCUUGUAUCAAUUAGAUAUCGAUAGAUCUAGUUAUAGAAUGGCUUGGGUUAGAAAGGAUCUUAAAGAUCAUCUAGUUCUGCCCCCCUGCCAUGGGCAGGUUUACUGCUUGCUAGGUCUGGACGCUUCUUAAAGGCACUGUAUUUGGUAGGGAGGAACAACAACAACAAAACAACAACAAAACAACAAACCCAACCAAGCUCCUGAAAAGAAAUGAUGGUUUAUUGUGCCUUUUAAAAUUGAUAUUUUUAGAGAGAACUGCUCAUUUAUGAGUACCUAAAAUAACUCUGACCAGGACUGGUACUUGAUUGUUUAGCAUCCUUGCUGUCAUAAAUUUAAAUCCGGUUUAUAAAAUCUCUUUGAUAUUUAACAUAACUAUGAAGUUCACCUUAUAGGCAUACAUUUGAUAGGUUCUUAAUUUUUUUCCUUCUUCAAACUUCACUUGAUUUCAAUAAAAAGCUAUUUAUUCUAGAAGAGUUUAAUUAGCGUUUGUUAUAGUAGUUAGCUUUCAAUUUCCAAGAGAUUGAGAGCUAUGAGUAUAAAAUGUUAUUGGAAAAAGGGAGUAUUGGGCAAAGCCAAGCAGUUUUAAACAGUUUUCAGAAAGGAGAUGCACAGUUACAGACUGUCUCAAAAGCUUUAAAAAAAAAAAGUUUUAAAUUUGAUAGUAUUGUGUUUUAAUAUAUGCCGGGCUACUAUUGCAAGGUAACAUACUGAAAGGAUUCAAAAGAAGCUUAAACAAAAAUAUCCUAUUUUUUUACUUAACUUAAAAGUACUUCCUAUUUUGAUUCCAUUUUAAAUAUGUAGAAUAAAAUUAAAAUGUGUUGGAUAUGUAAAACAUUGUUUGCCUGUAUAACUUACUGACAUAAGGUAUUGUAAGACCUGGUAUGUGCAAGAACUGAAUUUGUACAUUGCUUCUUCAAUAAGAAGAUUUAGAAGUGGCGCCUGUUUUUACUGCCUUUAACACUACACUUUGCUGUUUUGUAGUGAUAUGGACAUUGCCAUAUUAGUCAGCCUUUCUUAAAUUUGCAUAUCAGAUGUAUUUUUAACAAAGUAGUUUAUAUACAACUUUUGUACUACCAAGCAGAAAAUAAAACCUUGAUUCUUAAACUCA